GAAAAAAAAAUCCCCGACGCGAGAGGAGACGAGACGAAGCCAUCCGAUCCCCACCCUUCCCCCCCUCCCCCUCCCCCCUCUUCAGCGCUGGAGGCGGCGGCGGCGGCGUCCCCUGGAUCCCUCGGCGGCGGCGGUGGCGCACGGUUAUGCCGAGAGGCACCCAGGUUCCAACACCGUGCACUGCCAGGGCUCUAGCAUUCUCAUUAAGGAUAUGGAGUACACCCUCUACACCACAAGUUCCUCUGUAUUGCACAUUUCGCUGCUCGAGGAAGUUCUUGGCUGGAGGUUUUCUCUUUACGGAGACUUCCUCGUUAUCUCUUUUGUCAACUGCACCUGAAGAUCACACCUCAUUCAGCAGCCGUCUUGCCUGGUCCCAUGCUAUUGCACAUUAGAGUCGACUAUUGAUUACAGUGCAGCUGUAGCACAUUUCUUCGAGCAUGGUGCAUCUCAUCCUCUUGCAUCCUUCCGGUAGUUUUUGUUGUGGCACUGAUCAGCCAGCAAAAGUUACCAUCGGAACUUCUUUGGACAAUCGGAUCUGACAUUAGAUCUUCAUUGUCAGGCUUAAUCUCUAGCAGGUUCUGGUUUUCUUUACUUCCGUUUGCUCUCUUCUCCCCUACACUGCUUGCUUUUUGUUUGAUCAUCCCAAGAUUUGGUGCAUACUACGCAGUUCUUUGUCAGGCUUUGUGUUUGAUGGCGUAACAAACCGAGUGAAGGUGUUCAAGUUUUUUUGUCAGAGUAUGGGUAUUGCUUAUAGAGUUUUUCCAGAAGCGUUGAGUGGCUUUGCUGAUCUACCCUUCAAAGGCAUUUCAGCAAUACACAUAUGAGUCUUGUUCACAACAGGGCUCUUCUAGAAUAAGACCAGCUUUACUCUCCAGCUAGUAAAAAUGGAGAGGUAUAAGAUUAUUAAGGAAGUUGGUGACGGAACAUUUGGGAGUGUUUGGCGCGCGAUCAACAAAGAGAGUGGUGAAGUGGUUGCAAUCAAGAAAAUGAAGAAAAAAUAUUAUUCAUGGGAGGAGUGCAUCAAUCUCCGUGAAGUGAAGUCUUUGCGAAGGAUGAACCAUCCGAACAUUGUGAAACUCAAGGAAGUCAUAAGGGAGAAUGAUAUGUUAUUCUUUGUUUUUGAAUACAUGGAAUGCAAUCUCUACCAGCUGAUGAAGAGCAGGGGGAAGCCCUUUUCAGAGACUGAAGUCCGAAAUUGGUGUUUUCAGAUAUUUCAAGCUUUGAGUCACAUGCAUCAGCGUGGAUAUUUUCACCGCGACCUUAAGCCUGAAAAUUUGCUAGUUACAAAGGAGCUCAUCAAGAUAGCAGAUUUUGGACUUGCUCGUGAGAUUUCUUCUGAACCACCAUACACAGAAUAUGUGUCAACUCGCUGGUACCGUGCCCCUGAAGUUCUGCUCCAAGCUUCUGUUUACAACUCAGCAGUUGAUAUGUGGGCGAUGGGUGCCAUCAUCGCGGAGCUUUUUUCACUGCGACCUCUUUUCCCUGGUUCAAAUGAAGCAGACGAGAUUUACAAAAUCUGUAGCAUUCUUGGUACUCCGAAUCAGCGUACCUGGGCUGAAGGACUGCAGCUUGCGGCAUCUAUUCGUUUUCAGUUUCCCCAGUCUGGAAGCAUACAUCUUUCGGAAGUGGUUCCCUCAGCAAGUGAAGAUGCGAUCAGCCUUAUUUCGUGGCUCUGCUCAUGGGACCCACAAAGAAGGCCAACAGCGGUGGAGGUUUUGCAGCAUCCCUUCUUUCAGCCAUGCUUCUACAUCCCCCCUUCACUUCGAUUCAGAUCAACAAACGGAUAUGCAGCAACACCACCAUCAGUUGGGGCUAAAGGAGCUGUGGAUCAGAAGAAUGCUAGGAGAUAUUCCGUGGGGCCCUUAUCUAAUGGGAGACCAGCCGUUAAUUACUCAUACUUGAGCGCUAACACCCCGGCAAGAGCAGCUGGUGUGCAAAGGAAGCUGGAGUUGGAUCACCAGGUGAAUAUGAAUUCUUGUCAGGCUCCAGAGGGUAACCAUAAACUGACAAAGGCAGAGGCAAUGAAUCAGCCUUGGUCCAGACCACCACCAGCAGCAGCAGCAGUAAGGAGCAAUGGAAAUUACUUCACUAAAGACCAGGGCCCUCGUGCGCCUGACAUUGCGGAGAAGCUGUCUCAGCUGACAGUGGGCUCCAACAGGGUGCCAAGCUUGGCUUCGGACAAGUUUGUGGAUAUGAAGGCAAGAACCCAUGGGAAUACCAUGAAGCGGCCUUUGCCUCCUGUGGGAACCAGGACAUGGCACGCCCCGGCCGACCCCUUCCGGCGCCCAUACGAGAUGCCAGGCGACAGGGCUUUCCUUCCCAGGAAGCUCGUUAGCUGAAGACUACGAUGAAACGGAAGCUGCCGCCACACUCCUCUUUGCUACCCUUUCACCAAUCCUCCUACUAUCCUGAAAAAUAAGAAGCCAACAGAGCCGAUCUCCCUCGAAGAGUUUUUAGUGCUGUUUCCUAGUAGUGUCGUAUUGGUUGUGAAUCUCAUACCCCAAUAAAAAUGGAGAUGUGCCAGCCUGCUGGUACUCCUAUCUUGCCUUGCAUUGGCAUCCAUCCAUGACAGCACCUCGAGGAUGCAGCUGAUCCUCGGGGGCAUGCAAGCAUGGCCGGGCGCGUCUGCAUGGAAACCUUGUGUUUCGAGUCGGAACUGUGUGUUAUUUGCUCCCUAGUGACGUGACGCUUGUUGAGUCGUUUCUGCUCUGCGUUGGCUGGCCCCUGCCUGUGACAUCGCAGCUACUACAGUACUACUACUACUAUGUCAAAUAUUGUUAUAGGACUAUUACCACUACGUGGUGCGGCUAUGCUUGUCCAGUUGUUUAUGCACCAUGCAGGCAUGCAUGAGUGCAUGACCAGCGCGUCUGCAGCAAUCAAAUAAUAAUAAUAAAUAUAUACUAUUGCUAUUAUUACUGUA